AUGCUCUUUUCAACUCCCUUCGGGCUCCAGCCCAUCGCUUUAGUGAUGUUCGGCUUCACCGCAACCACCGUGCUAGCCAACCCUGCCAACUCGUUUUGCGACAGAGGCAACACCCCAACGCCGGAUGAUUGCCGGGCUGCCAUUGCAAAGAUCAACCCAAACGAAGUCUACACCGGUAUUCGCCAAUUCAGCGCUGGAGACUGCACAGUUGAAUUGCGCGGCGCCUUCAGCUCGACGAAUCCGCCCCCCACUCGAGGGAGUGAUAUCAUUAUGCAGGCGGAAGAUAUCGUGGAAGACGGUUGCCGGGGAGUGGGCUUUUGUGAGGACACAGGUGGCCAUGUCUCUGUGCGCCAGUGUACCGUUUGCAUGUUCGGGACAUGUGCAGUCUGCAACGCCCCACGCCGCCGUGACACAGGGGACGCAAGCGGAUCCCUCCCAACACGUUCGCUUGAGGAACGACAGCCUGAGGAGCCCGGAAGUUUCUCCAGACGCCGUAGAGUAGCCUCAGAGCCAGAGCCCGCAUCCGCUCCCCACCUCGUCGCUCGUCAAAAUCCCGAGCCAGGUGUGGAGUGUCGAAGCAGUCUUAAUCCUCCCUCUGUCGAUGCCUGCAAGAAGCUCGCGGAUUCGAUUCGUGGACAGACCCUAUCUUUGCCUUUCACUACUAGCGUUGACGAUUGUGAUCUUGCUGUGUUUGGGCAUUUCCGGGACCUGUCUGCCAGUGGUGAUAAGAUUGCUGAUCGCAUUUCACACGACUCCGAUCUGUGUGCGAGCGCCGGCUCGGAUCCAGUUGUGGGCUCCCAAAAGGACACGACGCAAGAGCUGAUCUUUGUUGGAUUUACCAUCUGGUUUGGGAACUUGUGUGGCAGAUUUGGCUUUGGGAUGGCAAACUGCGUCCCUUGA